AUGAUGGCUAAAGUUACAGCCUAUUCGCCAGAUGAUGAAUGCAGACAUUACGCCAGCACUGCAGUACCGAUAGGCAUGGCUUCAAUAGCCUGGGCUGUGCAUAAUGGCCUCCAAGAUUUGCUAUCGGCCUGGGAGAUUUAUCUGAUCGUCCUGUCCGCCUGGCUUCUUGUCUUGUCCAUAGCAACUCGCGUUACACUCUACACAAAGUCCAGCACCAAACCCGCAGACCUUGCCUACGAAGUAUCAAACGUCAGUUACGAAGAUGUUCGUGGAUAUCUAGAGGAUGGCUGCCCGCGGACCAGGUGCCUACACAACAUAUGGUCCGAUUAUGAGCCAGUGCCGACGACGGAUCAACCCCAAUGUAAUGACGAAGAACCCAAAACACCAAGCAUAUGGGACGGAAAGGCCGAAUUUUCAUGCACCUCAUCGGAUGGCGAGAUCAUCCCUAAUGAUUCUGUCACGCAGCAUGGAAUUAUAGGCUGGGAAAUCAGGGUGCUCAUGAUCCAACACGACAAGCUCCGAAAGCGACGACUCGAAAAGGCUGCCAAGAAUAAAUCUGGCUUCCCAGAGUUCAAGUACUGGCCUCGAGAUCCUUCUUUGACCUACAAACAAAACUGGAGUAACUGGUAUGCCACCCGCAAGGAAUACCGGCGUUUGCAUCCACCUUCGGAGGAGGAACUCGCAGAGGAACGGCAAAGAAGAAAGGAACAGGAAGAGAGAAUCGAGAAGAGGUGGUAUGAGAAGCAUGGGAUUCCCAGGCCUACUCCCCUACCAAAGAUCUGCGUCGUCGAUGUGGAAGGGAAGGUGGAAGAUCUGGAUGGGAUGAUUGGCUGUGGUAACGCAUGCAGGCGCGUUGAGGAGAGUUACCGGAAGCCCGGAGUGGAUGAAGCGUUUCUGUGGCCUUAUUGGACACCAAAAAAUGCCCAAGAAGAGUGGGAGGGCACCCUAAUUGAUGAAGGGGAAGAAGUUGAAGACUUGUGGACAAGUUUCGGCUAUAAGCACGACGAAUUGAAGGCUCGGUUGGCGUAG